AUGUCUGGCAGAUUUACACGUCUCAUUCGCUUCCUGGCCAAAGACGGCCGCACAUACUACGGCGAUGCCAUCCUGCCUCAGGGCGUGAGCGACGUUGCCAAGGCCCAGCGUGCGCGCAUCAUCGAAGGAGACAUCUUUGGCAAGUAUCACGUUACAGAUGAAGAAGUUGGCGUGCGUCUGCUACUGUCUCCAUUGGCUCAGUCACAAGUGAAGACGGUAAGAUGCCUGGGACUCAACUACGCCAAGCACGCCAAAGAGUCCAACAUGCCAGAGCCUAAAUACCCCGUCUUGUUCUACAAACCAACCACAUCUCUAUCUGGCCCGGUUGACCCGAUUCCUGUUCACCCAAUGGCGCAAGAGGGAACCGGCCUGGAUUAUGAAUGCGAACUCGUCGUGGUGAUUGGAAAGAGGUGUUCGGAUGUGUCUGAGGCCGAUGCGCUCAAUUACGUUCUUGGGUAUUCCGUUGGCAACGACGUGUCCCACCGAGACUGGCAGAUCAAGCAUGGAGGAAGCCAAUGGUCUCUCGGCAAGGCCUUUGACGGCUGGGCACCCUUUGGUCCGGCCAUUGUGACGGGCGAUGUUAUCAAGGAUCCGCAAGCUCUGAAGAUCUGGACUAAACUCAACGGCAAAACCGUUCAGAAUGGAAACACGUCUGAUCAGAUUUUCAGCGUCCGGCAAAUGAUUUCCUUUCUGAGCCGCGGUGUAACUCUCAUGCCCGGCGAUGUCAUCUUCACUGGCACUCCCGAAGGCGUAGGCAUGGGUCGGAAGCCGCAGCUAUGGCUCAAGGAUGGAGAUGUCGUGGAAGUUGGACUCGAAAGUGUCGGCACGUGUACCAACAAGGUGGAAUUUGAAGGUCCCAAAGCCAAAAUCUAG